AUACGGCAGCAGAAGAUGACAGGUGUGAGGAAACAAACGUAGCUGGUGUAGCCUAGCCGCCUCUAAUUCAUUUCUUUCAUGUCCUUGAAUUUUUUUCUCUCUCCCAAAAUUCUUUCUUCUUUCGCUUUUACAAUUUUCCAUGUGUAUCAUAUCUACCCUUUGACUUGUUACCCAUCCAUUUCCUUUAAUUUUACUCCAUUUCUAUAAAAAAUCAAAUUUUUAUAUUGCACAGUGUACCAACUAGUAAGGGCAUUGACUGACUUCCCCUGCCUUAUAUCAUUCCAUAUUAGCUUUCAUUCUGUUUUGGGCACUCUGAGUUUUUCCUUUCUUUCUUUUUUUUAGAGAGAGACGGAUCUGUGACCGCAUCACUGACCAGGCCUCCUCCACCAAACCAACUACAUAAACAUUAAAACAGACCAAGCAUUACGCACUGGACCCUUUUCACUUUCACACUUUUGCUUCCUAAUUCUUCAAGGUUAAGUUGCAGGUGUUAUCGUGACAUUUGGUUUCUAACAACUAUUGGAUUGAUUACAAAAUUGGGCUUUUAAAGCAUGGUAAAGGAGAUGGUGUUGGGUUGAAAAUGCGAGACGUGGUUGGUUAUGAUGGAAACCAUCAGUUAUUGUCCAAUCAGAGGUUGUCUUCAACAGGAGAAUCAACUUCUAAUGAUAUGUCUUCUAAUAAGGGUGUGUCGCAGUGGCUUAACAAUGAUAGGAAUCAAAAGCAUUCUGCUGAUGUUUUAGAUAGGCAUAAAUCCGAAGCACAAUUUGCACCAAAGAAUUUAAAAGGAGAUGGAAACUUUGGUCAUCUUCAGAAUCAGAGCAGAGAAGCAAUGGAAAUGUAUUCACGAGUUAGUAAACAGGAAGAGGAGAUCCGAUUUCUUCGUGAACAAAUUGCUGUUGCGUCUGUGAAGGAACUGCGGUUGCUUAAUGAGAAGUAUGCGUUGGAACGGAAAUUUGCGGACUUGCGUUUGGCCAUGGAUGAGAAACAAAAUGAAGCUGUAACUUCAGCCUUAAAUGAGCUGGCUCGUAGAAAAAGUGAUCUUGAAGAUAAUUUAAAAUUGACACAUGAAUUGAAGGCUGCUGACGAUGAAAAAUAUCUCUUCACGUCAUCCAUGCUUGGGUUAUUGGCUGAAUAUGGCAUUUGGCCUCGUGUCAUAAAUGCCUCUGCUAUAUCAAACAACUUAAAGUACCUUCACGAUCAAUUGCAGUGGAAAAUCAGAAAAUCUCAUGACAGAAUUAGUGAAAUAACAUCAAUGGUGGAACCUCGUCCUGAAAGUGGAUCUCAUAGCCAAGGUGGCAGCGCCGCUACGACAGUGAAUGACACAGUUUCCAAUAGACCCAUGAAUCAACAUGGUUCUUUCUAUAAUAAUCAGUCUGUUGAAGGGCAGCACCCGAGACUAAAUGAGAGUUCACAAAUAUAUAUGACUGAUCUUCCAGAUAUGAGCCACAGGGAAGUGCCUGGCCAUUAUCCUUAUGAAUCAGUCGAUGAAGGUGUUAAUGUCGGAGAAGAAAAAGUGUCUAAUAGCCCUGCGUUUCCUUCUCCCACAGCAAAUGAUGAGAAUGUUUCUUCUGUUUCUAAAGGCCCUGGCAUAGAACAUUUCCAGAUUAUUGGUGAUGCCAUACCAGGUGAAAAACUUCUUGGGUGCGGAUAUCCAGUACGAGGGACUUCUCUUUGCAUGUUUCAGUGGGUUCGCCAUCUUCAGGACGGGACUAGGCAGUACAUUGAAGGAGCUACAAAUCCAGAAUAUAUUGUCACAGCUGAUGAUGUUGAUAAAAUAAUUGCUGUUGAGUGCAUUCCUAUGGAUGAUCAGGGUGGCCAGGGAGAUAUCGUCAGGCGGUAUGCUAAUGAUCAGAACAAAAUAAAAUGCGACCCUGAUAUGCAAAUGGAGAUUGAUAACCAUAUGUUCAGAGGAGAAGCCUCGUUUAGUGUUCUUUUGCUGGUGGAUUCUUCUGAGAACUGGGAGAGGACAACGUUGUUUUUGAGACGGUCUGGCUUCCAAGUUGAGAUGGAUGGUUCAGAAGCUGUUGUGAUUAAUGAGAAAUUCUCCAAGGAUCUAUCAAUCAAAGUUCCCUGUGGACUUUCAACACAAUUUGUUUUGAUGACCGGUAGUGGAUCUUCUCAUCCAUUUAGCACGUAUAGUGUUCGAAUGCGUGAUACUCUUGUGCUAACCAUGAGGAUGUUCCAAGCAAGGCACAUGAUGAUAAAAAGAAAGGAAGAGCAUAGCUCCCCAACAAAGCAUUUUUAAAGCCAAUAUUCAUUCUUAGUAGAAAGGAGAAAAACCAUAAAUUGAAGAAUAAUUUAUCUCUUUAGUUUCUUUUAAUUAUAAUAAGUGUUGCUGUGUUUAUAGUCUACUACUUUUAUUGUAUAAUUUUGACCAUAAUUCGCAACAAAAUAGGCUUGUUGUAUACCUGAUUAGCAUGCAAUGAUAAAUCCCAAUAUAUUUUCAUGUAUUA